UAGCUAAAACAACGGUGGCCGACGAGGCUCUUUCUCGUGCUGGCUCCUAGGUCUGCUGAAUCACACUAACAGUAUCCCGACCCCCCAUGCAACAAGGUACCCUGGACGUCUAACGCUACCUUCUGGCUCAAGUGAGGCUCUUACGGUGAAUCCCCACCGUAAGUGGGGUUAACGGAUUUCUCCACCCCACCGCUCAGGUCCCGUUUCUACAUGUCAGAAUCGGGGCACAGCCAGCCCGGGCUGUACGAGCGUCGACGCCGCUGGAACCGUGACAAGGAGCUGGGUCACCAGAGCCUGUCUGGGCCGGGUCGGGAUCGUGACUAUGUCCCCUGGGAUCGGGACCGGGACCGGAGGGAUCCUGUGGAAGAACCGGUUGGAUCCAUGAUGCAAAAGACACCCAUCAUCCUGGCCAAACCGCCUGCAGAGAGGUCGAAAGGGGCUCCAGCCCCCACUCCUGCCCCGGCCCCCACGGCCGCACCUGCCAUAGAGAAACCCAUCGUGCUGAUGAAGUCUCGGGAGGAAGGCAAAGGCCCUGCGGGGACACCCGAGGCAUCGAGCCAGCCUCCUGCAGCUGUUGCCAAGGCGGAGAAGGAGGGCCAGCGGCCCACACAGCCGGUCUAUCAGAUCCAGAACAGGGGCAUGGGCUCCACCGCCCCCAGCAGCGUCAUGGACCCUGUGGUUGGACAGGCCAAGCUGCUAGCCCCGGAGAAGAUGAAGCACAGCAUCAAGCUGGUGGACGAUCAAAUGAACUGGUGUGACAGCGCCAUCGAGUAUCUCCUGGACCAAACGGAUGUGUUGGUGGUCGGUGUGUUGGGACUGCAGGGCACUGGCAAAUCCAUGGUGAUGUCCCUGCUGUCGGCCAAUCAGCCUGAAGAGGAUCAGAGGGCUUAUGUGUUCCGUACCCAGAGCCAGGAGAUCAAAGAGCGUGGGGGCAACCAGACGAGUGGCAUCGAUUUCUUCAUCACUCAGGAGCGGAUCAUCUUCCUCGACACUCAGCCCAUCCUCAGCCCCUCCAUCCUAGAUCAUCUCAUCAACAAUGACCGCAAACUGCCUCCAGAGUAUAAUCUACCCCAUACCUAUGUUGAGAUGCAGUCCCUCCAGAUCGCUGCCUUCCUCUUCACCGUCUGCCACGUGGUGAUUGUGGUGCAGGACUGGUUCACGGACUUGAGCUUGUACAGGUUCCUGCAGACAGCAGAGAUGGUGAAACCCUCCACCCCCUCGCCCAGCCAUGAAUCCAGCGGCUCCUCCGGCUCCGACGAGGGCACAGAGUACUACCCCCACAUCGUUUUUCUGCAGAACAAAGCCAAGCGGGAGAAUUUCUGCCCCCGGAACCUGAAGCAGAUGCACCUGGUUGUUGACAAAAUCAUGAUGCACUCACACCUGAAAUAUAAGGGUACCCUCUCCAUGCUGGAAUGCAACAUAUUUCCCGGCCUGCCCCAGAGUUACCUGGACUCGGAGGUCAACCUGUUCUUACUGCCCUUCAUGGAUAGUGAUGCAGACGAUGCUCUGCCUAGAGCAGCCCCCGGGAGUGGCCCCCUCUUCUCCCUCCUGCCAGGGUACAAGGGGCACCCCAGCUUCCAGUCCCUGAUUGCCAAGCUCCGGAGCCAGAUCAUGUCCAUGUCCCGGCCUCAGCUCUCCCACACCAUCCUGACAGAAAAGAACUGGUUUCACUACGCGGCCCGCAUCUGGGACGGCGUGAAGAAGUCCUCUGCUCUCGCCGAGUACAGCCGCCUGCUGGCAUGAGCGCAGCAUCUCCUCGCUGGGGCCGCCAAGUGGUAGCCGGGCUCCCCCAUUCCCCCGAACUGGGUGAGCCAGAGUAUCUGUGCCCGCGUCCAGAGGCACAAAGUGAUGUAUGGAUCCCGGAGGGGAGCUCUGGUGGGGGGGGACACCCAUCUCUUGGUGGUGUCACACAGGAUUCAGGAGCAAAAAAAUGCCCAAUUGGUGGCAGAUCUCUACUGGGCCACCGCCCAGCCUGGAUCUUGCCCCCCGUGUCUCCCUAGGGCUCCGGCUUCCACACCCAGAGGGGAGCGCAGUUCUCCAUGUCUUCCCCCGAGCUGUAGCUCCUUCCAGGACAACCGAAGUCCUACAGCCAGGGGUGGGAGCUGUGACGGGACCAACGACAACCUCCUGCCAUUCCUUGCAGGGCUAGAGAUCCUUGGCCUGGUUGCAGCGGUCGGCCAGGGCAUAGGUCAUUGGGGCGUUACUUUCGUGGCUUCGAACUUGCUGUUCUUGGAUCCUUCUUGUUUGUUUGUUACGCUUCUUCUAUUUUUCACCCCGAGGGAGGCAUACUCGGCGUACCUCUCCCUAUUUCCAGCCUGUGUCCCUUUCCUUGAUCCAUGUCCAGCUUUCUCGUUCUGCUGCUGUAAAGUGGAUGAAUUGCUCCGCCUUUUGCACAAGUAUUCCAUUCUUGUUUAAUAAACUGUUCAAGCCGU